GUCAUGUGGGUUGUCUCUAAAAUCUGCUAUCUCGGCUUCUAAGAAGAAGGUCAACAUUAAGAGCACAGAGAAACCGGACUCGGUUCUUGAGCUCCUGAGGUCGCAUGGGUUCACUGAAAAACACAUUUCACACCUAAUUUCUAAAAGCCCAAAUUUAAUUUUGGCUGAUCCAGAGACAAAUUUGAGACCCAAAAUUGAGUAUUUUGAAUCUUUGGGUCUUGUCGGACCUGACUUGCCUAGGAUUCUCUGUUCAUAUAACAUGUUAGAUAGCAGUUUAGAAAACCGAAUCAAACCCACAUUAAAUUUCCUUAAACAAUACGUAAGAACCAAUGAGAAUUUAAUUUAUGCUCUUAAGCGAUCAAUCCAUGCUGACCUGUGCAACGUUCAGAAAGUUAUGGUGCCAAAUAUCAACACUUUGCUGGCUCAUGAUGUGCCUGAAUCCCAUAUUGGAAAACUAAUCAUGUCGCAGCCUAGCGCACUAAUGUCGAGUGUUGAUGUGUUUGAAGAGGCUACAGAUGCAGUUCAACAAAUGGGUUUUGAUCCCAAAAAAACAACAUACUUAUGGGGUAUCCAUUCAAUGUUGAUGAAUGCCAAACUCAGCUGGGAAAAGAAGAAGGAAGCUUAUAUGAGCUUUGGUUGGUCUGAAAGCACAUUUAAUUCAGCAUUUAAAUUGGAACCGAUGUGUAUGCUUUCCUCACAGAAGAAUAUCAGGGAACUGAUGGAUUUCUUAGUGAACAAGGCGGAGUUAAGAGCAUCUGAGAUUGCUAAACACCCAAAACUUUUUCGAUAUAGUUUGGAAAGGAGACUCAUUCCAAGAUGUACAGUUCUGCAAAUUCUGAUGUCAAAGGGUUUGAUUGGGAAGGAUGUAGAGGUGGCUUGGGUGUUGAAUUGUAACACACAGAAUUUUGAGACCAGGUUUCUGACCAAGUAUAAGAAGGUUGCUCAUGAGGUAAUCAAAGCGUGCAAGGGUGAGAUAGGAUUUCAAGGAUUCAAUACUAGAGUGUAGGACAAUGUGGAAUCAGAGAAGCGAGCAACAUAUGCUGGCAACAACAGAGGACUAACAAUAUGGUCUAUUUGAGUUUCUAUAAGGUAUGCCAUCUAAGAAGCAAUCCUCGAAGCACUUCAAUGAGGUUUUUUGGUGGCUGCGACAGUGUGAGAAGAGAAGAAGAGCUUAGUGUCACGAAGUGAUUCCUAAGACGUUUGGAGGAUGGAAGACACGCAUGCUGGUUGGCGAAGAGUAGAGUUUAACUAGGAAUGAUUCCAGGGAAGGGGCGUGCAGGAGCACAAGAUGGAACCUCUUCAGAGUUCAGGUAGGUCAACUCGGUUGAGUGCGAGGAGCUUGUCGCUGGUCGCUGGUCGUGGACUUGACUAUGAAGAAGGGAGUUGGCCAUCCCUGCACAAACUGGUCGGGAGCUGGAGCCAUUCCCCUGACGAGGCCAUGGCAGGCCGAAACCAGUCAGCAUGUAUCCUUGGAAGGGCAGGUAGUGGUGGCUGACCAGGGCGCUUGCGCGAGCUGAAGUAACGCCUUGGAGCUGCACGGGCCGUGCCGCUGCGCCAAAUCUCUAGGCCCGUGACAUUAGGCUCACAUUUUCUGAUUAGUAUAUUUUGAAGUAUAUGCAGCAUGCUACCGACCAGAAAUAGUGUAAUUGAGUAUGGGAUAUUUGAAUUUAGGAGAAGUGGAAAACAGUCUCAUGGAUCAUUUAGGAUUUGCAGCAUGCUACUUACCAGAAAUAGCUUUAUUUUAUAUUCUAAAUGUCUUACCUGGUGUAUCUCCCCAUUUACACAUGCUUGGACCCUUACUAGUUGAAGCUUUUGCCAUUACACUAACUCACCAGUUCCUUUGGGUACACUCAUUAUAUUUGGCUGGGAAGAAAAUUUAGUUAUGGUGAUUUAUGUUAUUCUUGUAGUAAUAUUCUCAGAUUUUCCAGUCACAAAUGGUAUAGAAUGGUAAUAAGGACAAGAUAACAGUUUUUCUAGAAGUAUAUGUGUGCAUGACUAAAUACA